GCACGGCGGAUUGGGGCUCCCAUCUCCUUCCUCUGUGUGUGCUCGGCGCUUGUUUGCUUAGGCCUGUGACGCCCUCAGCUGAGGGCGCGGCGUGAGAGCGAUGCUCGUUGCUGCCGCCGCCGCUCCCGCUGCCUGAGCGCCGUGUCCCGUCCUGUCGCGUCCCGUCCCGCGGCGGUUGGCAUGGGGCUGGGCUCGAGCUCCGAGGUCCCCGACGGCGGCGCUGAGGGCUUUCAUGUACACGGGGUUCAAGAAAACUCUCCAGCUCAACAAGGAGGACUGGAACCCUUCUUCGAUUUCAUCAUUGCCAUAGGACACACUAGGCUUAAUAAAGAAAACAAUAUGUUGAAAGAUCUGCUGAAGGCAAAUGCUGAAAAACCAGUGAAGCUGGAGGUGUAUAAUAUCAAAACAAUGAAAAUAAGAGAAGUUGAAGUGAUCCCCAGUAACAUGUGGGGAGGACAAGGUCUUCUUGGAGCCAGUGUGAGGUUCUGCAGUUUCCAGGGAGCCAAUGAACAUGUUUGGCACGUUUUGGAUGUUGAACCUGCAUCUCCUGCAGCUCUAGCUGGUCUCCAGCCAUAUACUGACUACAUUGUUGGAUCUGAUCAGAUUCUCCAGGAGUCAGAGGACUUCUUUUCACUGAUUGAAUCCCACGAGGGGAAGCCACUGAAGCUGAUGGUUUAUAACACUGAAGCAGAUUCCAUUCGAGAGGUAGUUGUGACUCCCAAUGGAGCUUGGGGUGGAGAAGGAAGUUUAGGAUGUGGUAUUGGAUAUGGCUAUUUGCACAGAAUUCCAACACAGUCAAAGAAGCAGCCAGAAAGCAAACCACCUUCACCCUCACCAGAAGCUGGAACUCCCGUGCCAUUGACUAAUGGUUACACAGAGACUCCAUUAUUGGCACCUGUUUCUCAGAGUGACAACUCUGAAAUAGUUACGAACUUGGAUCAUUCCUCAGAUCAAGCAAUGAGUGGUUAUUCACCAGAAAGCUCACUUUCUCCUCCUCCCCCUCUCCAGAGAGUUAUGGAUCCAGGAUUUUUGGAUAUGUCUGGUAUUUCAUUUCCUGAACUCAAUGACACGUCCAACAUGUCUUCAUCAGCUUCCUUCAACAUGCCAGCAGAAGAUGCUUUAGGAGGCACUGAAAAGUUAACAUCAAACAAUGAUGCUUCUGCUUAUUUUGAAAAUGCCACAGCUUUGGCCCCUGAAGAUGUAACCCGGUAUUCUGAAGGCUCGGUCAAUCAGCCCACGUUGGAUGAUCUGCCUUCUGUUCCAUCUUUACCUUCGUUUGCUCUUCCUAAUGAAAUUUCUGUGAAGACAACACUAGGAACUGUUCCUGACAACCCAGAAACAAAGCUGCUCUUGAACACUAUUGAAAGCUCGUUAACUACUGCCCCAGUGAAACCAGAUGAUGAAGCAGUGUGUGAACAGAAACAAGAAGCUGCAUGAGCUGAUGAGUGACACGGGUGCUGUUUUUGUUUACAGACUGCCAUGUGCUGUAAUGUAACAGCUUGGAAUAUUUUUCUGAUCUUGAAAGAAUUACAGGUACUCUAUUUUGUUAGUGUAGAUGAUAUUAUAGAAGAAAUCAAGUGAAAUACAUAUCUUGUUGUCUUUUCCA